UAGAAUUAGUAAAACUUGAUAAAGCGCGAGUUCGUCAGUCAAAGUGGGUAGAUAGAACUCCUUGUCGAUGCGAAUGUAUCCUCUAUAAGGGUCGUGGUACCUACCACAACACCUCCAAUGCCAAAGUCAGAAUAAUGAAAGCACCUUAUGAAGUGAAAAUGGGAGAACAAGAUAAAAAGCCAGAGUGCUCUCUCAAAGUGUGAAUGUAUAUAUGUACCUUCUGUUGACAAUGUGAGUGCUUUAUAUAUGUGGCUUUGGGUGCUAGCUGUUCUGGUUGUUAAUGCUUUCCUUGGUAACGCCUCUUGUCCAAUAAUGGGGCUUUUAAGAGGCUCCCAACGGUCUGCCUGGUUGAUUUGGUAACUGCCCAAGUCAUUGAUUGACUGCAUUGAAUGACUCCCCUGCCUUCGUCAGUGAUGACUAGUUUCUUCGUUAUUUAGAACGCCUUCGUCAUGGGUGCUUUCUUCGUCAUUAGUGUUAGCUUCGUCUGUGGGAUGUAACCUCGUCAUUCCCAUCAGUUGCCCCCCAAGUUUUGCGGUCGUCUAUGACGUGUCAUGAAAAUCACAGAAGAUGAAAAGUUUUCUUGAGCUGUCUGUGACUCUUGGGGUUUUGUUCCGAAUUUAAUGCUUAGUGGUGGCGCUACACGCAACGUGGCCACGUGGCACGUGCUGAUCCGUGGAGUUAAGGGCAUGACUCUUGGGUUUCCCGCUGGUUUUUCAAUCGUUUUUUAGCCUUAAUUUAAAACUUCUCCUCUUCUAGUUUCUUUUACUUUUCAGAAAACAAAACAAAAACACCCAAACGCUACUCCGAGCGAUUUUCUCGACACUUCCUUCUUCUCCAAACGAGUGUGCUGCGCCUUGGUGUUUCGCCAUUUGUGAAGGUAUGUUUUUCCUUUCAUGUUUUUUCUUACCUUUUCCUUCUAUCCUACUGUAGUGUAGUUUUUUAUUCUCUUUUUCUUUUCUUCCUUUGCUUUUGUCGGUUUUUGAUUUUCUUGGGGAUUUAACUUGUGUUGUCCUUCUUUGCCCUUUGUUUUCUAUAUUUCCAUGGUUGAUAGUUUGGAGGUUAGGAUAGCUUGCCCAUCGAUCUCCUUUCUUUUUGCACGCCUAAGGGGGUCUUUGGGUGUUUUCCCGCAUUUAGAAAAUUUUGUGUUUGAGGGUAAUUGUCUGAGUAUUGUUUUGGGCGACUUGCUGCCUUUGCUUCGCCAAUCGCUUAAUUGGUUUGAGGGUUUAGUAAGGAGAGAAGUGAUGUUUGAGGUUAGGUCUAGCAACCUCGAAACUGGGUUGUCGUCUAAUGGUGACCCAGUGGAAGGGGACACAGCCGUCUCUGCUCCUCGGGAGGUUAGGGCUUUUUAUGCCCUCAAGGAGGUGUGUGGUUUGGAUGCCGAAACUGUGAGUAGAUUCAAGGAUAGGUUCCAGUUUCCGGCGCGAGUUCGUGUUCGUCUACCCAAGGAUGAAGAUAGGGCCUGUCACUUUUUUCCGAGUGAAGUAUGUUUUUAUGAGUCGACCUUCUCCUGCAGGCUUAGGCUCCCCGUCCACCCGUUCCUGAUGGAACUCUUGGCCCAUUUUGGUAUCGCUCCGGGGCAGCUCAUGCCCAACUCAUGGAGGAUUGUGAUCAACUAUAUGCAAAUAUGGUUGGCCUCCAACGGAGAUAUGAUCAGGGUAGGUGAACUCACCUAUCUAUACCGUUUAAAAGAGUCAAAGGAGUGUGGGUAUUAUGAGUUAGUCCCUUGGGAGAGAAGAACGAGGAUUGUCAAGGGUUUACCUUCGUCCUUCAGAUAUUGGAAGUCGCGCUUUUUCUUUGUGUCCGAGGAUGAUUUUGAGACUUAAUCCAGUAGUGAUUGGGGCGAUAUCCCGAGGUUGCUUCGUCGGUGGGGAACCCCGACCUUAGUUAAGAGACGGCCUAAGCUUAAGAGUAGGCACAAGGAGCGCAUUGAAACCGCAAUCGGGUAUGCAGAGACGAUUGAGAGCUGGGACGAUCUAGUUGAUCCCCAGACCCUUGCCUUCUACAACCUUGGACCUGACCCAUCUCCUUACGUUCUUCGUAACAUUGGCAUUGAGGGCAAAAAAAAGAUGACGACCAAGUUUAACAAGGACAUGUAUGCGAAGAUGAGGUCCAAAAAGGACGAACCGCUGUCCAACUUAGGGAAAAAAGUUGUGCGUGUAACCGGGAAGGGCCCUGCCAUCAAUCCCCUCAACUCCGUCACUCCCAUAGUUUCUGCUACUGAGACGACGAGGAUGGCCUCUCCGACCGUGUCGAUAAAGGAGAUCCCUACUCCAGGCUCCAAAAGGCCACGCGUGACUGGUAAGGAGAAGGAGAAGGUUGAUUCCCGAUCGUCCACUAUAUGGGAUGACGAGAGGCUGGUUGUGGAUAGGGCUCACGAGGUUGUUACUCCAACGGAUUUGAGGGCCCUCUCUGACAUGUCCCUGAACGAGGUCGCGUCUCGUCAUGUCCACAGGCUCAUCCAGGUGUUGGGGGAGAGCCUUCAUAUCACCUCUGAAUACUUCACUCAAGAGGCCAAGGUGGCAUCCCUAACAUCUCGGAUGGAGGCUUUGGAAAAGGAGAAUUCUGAUCUGAAGAAGAAUUUGAUCGCUUCUAUGGACGAGACAACUUCCUUGAAGGAAAAGGUCAAGACAUUGGAUGACGAUCUCAGGGUCGAGCGCAAAUUGACUCAGGAGAAGGAUGAGCAGCUUCUUUCCGCCAAGGAGAAACUUAAAACCAUCGUUGCCAGAUCAGUUGAGGCUUUCCAGACCACUGACGAGUACAACACAGUACUUUUCAGUUGGUACUUCAAAGGCUUCGAGCUUCUCAGGAGGUAUCUGGUCAAGCAUCCUGCUGGGGUCGACAUGGAGAGUCUAGACCUGGAGGAGGUUGAUAAGGAGAUGGCGAUGGACGAAGAUGCUCAAUCCUCCGCCCCAGAAGGUGAUGCCCCCGAGACUGCUACUGACGCCCCGGCCAGUGAGGAUGUCGUUGUUGAUGCCUGAUUUAGUUACUUAGAAAAUUUUCUUAUUUUUGGUGGAUGCCUGUCAUGUUUUGGGCCUUUUUUUUUUUUUUUUUUUUUUUUUGUAAAUCUAAUUCCAGAACAAUUAGUUGUUAUCUUAUUUUGAAAACAAUGCUUGUGGCCCAGCGUUUAUGGGUUUUUAAUCGAGCAUACUUACUUGUUUAUCAGAUGUUUUGGCCAUUUUACAUUCGUCCAUAUUUUGCACUUGAACAUGGAUUUGUUGCUGCGAUCUCUUUAUUCGUCAAUGAUCUGUUACUUACUCACAAUCAUUUUGAUGAGCUCGGAUA